AUGGCCACGGUCCAGGUUGGCACUGAGAAGGUUCGGCUCCUCCUGCUGCCGCACCUUGCUAUGAAGCAGGCGCUUGCAACUGCAGCCGCAAAGUCCGAGGGCAUCACAGAUGCCUUCGAGAAGCUGGUCGCAGGGCGGCGUGAACAGGUUGAGCGCGGAGUCCCCCUCUGCGCCAUGGGCAUCCUGGCCCAGAAGAGCGACGUCCGGGUGCGCGCCAUCGCGCUGCUCGCCGAGCGUGUGGACCUGGAGACAGGCGAGGAGUGGGCGCCCAUCGCCGAUGCCGAGCCUUCCGGGCCCUUCUUCGGCGUGCUGGCCGCAGGUCGAGUCAUGGUCGAGAUCGGCCCGGACCGUCACAUCGUACUGCAGUUGACUGCAGGUGCCAUUUUCCCCGAGGGGCUCUUGGCGACCUACGGCGCUGUCUGCCGAGCGGAGACAAACUGUGAAGCGUACCGAGUGCGCUGGCACGACUUCUACAUGGCUGUCGGCCUGAGUAUCCCAGCGGCCAACGACUGGUUCUGGAAGUUCCGGGUGCAAGAGAAGGGGACAGUGGAGCGACUCACACGCAGGCUUCAAUCGGUCCAAGGCCUCCUGGACGUGAGCCUUCCGCAUGCCAAGGAUGUGGAGAUCAAGGCCUGGAAGGACCAGCGGGGCCGUCGCAUGAGCCAGGCGAAGCGGAGCGAGAGCCACGUCCUCUUCGAGGCCCUGCCACGGGCUCCACUUCCACUCCUUGAUCCCGCCGCCAAGAAGUCCUUGUCAGAGCUGAAAUCCAGGAUGCCGGAUUGGGAAGCUCAAACAGGACUCUUGGCAUAUUCAGGUGGCAGACUUCUGCUGCCGAAGCUGGAUGAGAAAG